UUCUGCAUUUUCAUUUUUCACCUUCUCCCACAUUCUGAUAUGAUGCAACAUUACUUUAAAUCCAAUCUCAAUUAUUAUUUAUAGACAGCCAUUCCUUCUCUUCUUCCCUCCUUCUUUUUCCUCCUCUUUAUAACAUUCUCUCCCACCCCACAAGCAAAGCAGCUUUAACUUUUUCAGUUUUUUUUUUUUGGUUGGUUCCCCCACUCUCUCUCUCUCCUCUUUAUCUCUCUCUACCCUUUUGUUUUGUGAAUUUCUGUGCCUCUUGUUGUGAUCUACUUCAUAAUGGGUUUCUCCCAAGGAACCUGCACUGAUUCGAGGGACCUUUCCAAUGCCCCAAACGCUUCUCUAUCUGCUUCCUCUUCUGAAGUUGCAGAUCACUCCUGUGACUACAACAAGCUCAAAUUUAGAACCUUUUUGAGAAAAAUGAUCUGGGAAUUUGGUUUUGCAUGUGUUGCCGACCCUUCCCGUCGCCGGAGGAGCUCCGAGAGAAACCUGGGUAAUGGCCAAAACGACGGCAACGUCAACAAGAAGACAAAUUUGGAGCACAACAAGGCUUGGUUGCUUGCAGAAUCUGGUGGGUGUGGAGCAGAAUUGACCAAUGCUGACCCUCAAUCGGUUCACUCUUCUUUCAGGUUCAGUUUUUGUUCUCAGGUUGAGUUGGAGUCCUUGAACAUGAAUUCUUCCACUGCUGCAACCGUUUUGAUGGUGAAUUUGGACAAUGGGGUGAGUGAUUCUCGCUCCAGGGAACUGAAAUGGAGGAGAAUGGAGUCAUUGGAAAAGACCAUAUCCCCUGUUGCUCACUCUUUGACCAGGUUCAGCUAUGGUGAAAUUCUUUCUGCUACUCGGAAUUUCUCCAAAGGUAGAGUGUUGGGGAGAGGGGCAUUGAGCUGUGUUUUUAGGGGAAGAGUUGGAGUUUUGAGGACUGCUGUAGCAAUUAAACAGUUGGACAAGGAAGACAAGGAAUCUGCCAAGGCCUUUUGUAGAGAAUUGAUGAUUGCAAGUUCUCUUCAUAGCCCAAAUGUUGUUCCCCUUGUGGGCUUUUGUAUUGACUCGGAGGAAGGUUUGUUUUUGGUGUACAAGUAUGUCUCAGGAGGCAGCUUGGAGCGCCACUUGCAUGGGAGGAAGAAGGAUGUGAAGGGUAGUUCACCACUUCCAUGGUCUGUGAGGUACAAAGUUGCAAUUGGGAUUGCAGAAGCUUUGGCUUAUCUGCAUAGUGGAACUGAAAGAUGUGUUGUUCACAGAGACAUUAAGCCCUCAAACAUUCUGCUUUCUUCUAAGAAGACUCCCAAACUAUGUGAUUUCGGAUUAGCUACAUGGACUUCUGCACCUUCAGUUCCUUUCCUUUGCAAAACUGUCAAAGGAACAUUUGGAUAUUUGGCUCCUGAGUAUUUCCAACACGGGAAAGUAUCAGAUAAGACUGAUGUUUAUGCUUUUGGUGUGGUUUUAUUGGAACUCAUUACUGGCCGUAAGCCAAUCGAAGCAAGAAGGCUUCCAGGAGAGGAGAACUUGGUCUUAUGGGCUAAACCUUUUCUACAGAAAGGGAAAGGAGCCAUUGAAGAGUUGCUUGAUCCUCAACUCAAGUGCAGUUUGAGAUUCUCUAAUCAAAUGGGUCGAAUGAUUGAAGCAGCAGCUGCUUGUGUUACAAAUGAAGAAUCUCGAAGACCUGGCAUAUAUGAGAUUAUUGCAAUACUGAAAGGCGAAGAAGAACCGGUUUUCUCUAAAAGAAAGAAAUCCAGUUUUCUUGGGAAUGGAUGCGUGAUUGAUUGUUAUUCUCAGUUACAACAAACCAACAAUGAGAUGAAAAGUCACUUGGCUUUGGCAAUGCUUGGAGUUUCGGAGUUUGAGGAUGAUGAUUAUCUCUAUGGUCGCUAAAACAUGAUGACAACCAGGAAAUAACUUUUUACUUUUUGCCAUGAUUAUCACUAGAGUGCUAAAGGAUUAGUUGUGAGCGAGUUGAAAUUGUAAAUAGAAAUAGGAGCUCAGACGAGGAUUGUUUGUGUGUAGAUAUUUUCCAUUUACCUUUCCCUUUUCUCAAAGGGUAAAGUGUAAUAGAUUUUCAUUCAUUGU